CCUGGCUCCCCCGGCGUUUUCUUGCAGAGUUGGGUCUGCUCAGUACGGGGCUGUGUUUUGUCCAUGGCUGGGGCUGCCCCAACCACAGCCUUUGGGCAGGUGGUUAUCGGUCCGCCGGGUUCGGGAAAGACCACAUACUGCCUGGGCAUGAGUGAAUUCCUGCGCGCGCUGGGCCGGCGCGUGGCCGUGGUGAACCUGGACCCGGCCAACGAGGGUCUGCCGUACGAGUGCGCAGUGGACGUUGGCGAGCUGGUGGGGUUGGCCGACGUCAUGGACGCCCUGCAGCUGGGGCCCAACGGCGGCCUGCUUUACUGCAUGGAGUACCUGGAGGCCAACCUGGACUGGCUGCGUUCCAAGCUCAAUCCCCUCCGCGGUCACUACUUCCUCUUCGACUGCCCUGGCCAGGUGGAACUCUGCACGCACCACGGCGCCCUGCGCAACAUCUUCGCACAAAUGGCGCAGUGGGACCUCAGGCUGACUGCUGUCCAUUUGGUGGAUUCUCACUACUGCACAGACCCAGCCAAGUUCAUUUCAGUACUGUGUACUUCCUUGGCCACCAUGCUGCAUGUGGAGCUGCCCCACGUCAACGUCCUCUCCAAGAUGGACCUCAUUGAACACUACGGGAAACUGGCCUUCAACCUGGACUACUACACAGAGGUCCUGGACCUCUCCUACCUGCUUGACCACCUGGCAACUGACCCAUUCUUCCGCCACUACCGCCAGCUCAAUGAGAAACUGGUGCAACUCAUUGAAGACUACAGCUUGGUCUCCUUCAUUCCUCUCAACAUCCAGGACAAGGAGAGCAUCCAGCGAGUGCUCCAGGCUGUGGAUAAAGCCAAUGGUUACUGCUUUGGGGUCCAAGAGCAGCGAAGCCUGGAGGCCAUGAUGUCUGCUGCAGUGGGAGCUGACUUCCAUUUCUCCUCCACACUGGGUCUCCAGGAGAAGUACGUGACAUCCACAGAGCAGCCAGUGGAGCAGGAAGCCAGGCAACUGUUGCCACAAGCUGGACCCUGA